CAGUCCGGGACGGGAAUCUGUUCCGCGUUGUCCCGCGAAAAAUCCGCGACAGCGUCGCGUGAGUCGCGUCUCCCGUCAUGAGGAAGCGCAAGGUGCGCACGCGAGGACUCGCUCCAGCUGUCAAAUGAGACGGCUUCGCGGAACGCUCGGACCGUGAACGUCCUUUCGAGGAGAAACGUCAUCGCCGGACGUCGUAUCGGAUCGCGAUCGCUCGUGCGGCCGUCUAGGUGAAGCGAUACGUCCCGGGACAUAUCGCGGAGCGUGUUGCUGCGUGUCGCGAACGGAACGUACAUAUAUAAGGUACGCGCGCCGGACAGAGAGGAGAAAGAGAGAGAGAGAGAGAGAGAGGUGGCGUUUUUCCGACCGGCUCUGACGGCGCGCGCGAAGGGGCGGCGGUCUCGAGCGAAAGAUCAACACACAAAGGGGGACCCGGAGAGGCAGACUCGGUUUCCGGCGACGAGAAUAUCCGGGAGUUUUCCAGAAGAGCUGGCCGUUUCGCUCUCCUCCCGAGCAGACACCUGUGAGUGCCCGUCGACGACGACGAGUCGUCCAGGAGUCGCCGGAAGCGGCGGUCCCGAGGCAUCUAAUAAAGAUCCGUCCGCGUAUAUCAACGCGUUUCUCCUCCCCGCGGCAUUCGUCGGGGCAUUAACACGAGGGACCGUUUCGAUCGUGUGCGAGUGCGCGUCUGUCCUCUCUCUCUCUCUGUUUUGUGCGUGUGUCUGUCUGUCCAUCGAUGCCGGAUAUCAACCCCGUCGUCAACAGUCCGCGACAGCUUCGUCGUCGCGCGGGGUGGAAAAAAAAUAAACAUGGUGGUGGUGGUAGUGUGAGAACGGAUAGACGAAGAGGUGGGGAAGAACCUCGCGAGGACGGCGGCAGCAGUGUGGCAGCGAUCGGCCACCGAGUCAGAAGCGACGAAUUCGACCGGCGCUUCCUUUGUCUGCGCUUCGUCGAGAGUGAGUGAGUGAGUGAAAGAGUGAGUGAGAAAGAGAGAGAGAGAGAGAGAGUAGACGCGGAUCUCGGAUUGUGAUGCCGACAGUGUAGGACGACGUUGCGUCGCCGUCCGCGUCGUUCCCGGACUCGAUUUUCAUGCGAGCUGUCAACGCUCAGCUGUCCGACGCGCAAGUGUCAACUGGGACUCGCCGCGACGUUGCUGAUCGGCGAGGUGAUACAUGGUGUUAUGUCGUCGUCGACGGAGGCCCGCGUGACUCGUCGUCGGGGCCGGUGACGAAACGAGAGGACGGCUAGGAUGUGAGGACGGGGUUUCCUAGAGAAAGAAAGAGACAGAUCGGUGACAUCAACGAGAGCGGAGUACCUACCCAGUUUCGAGAGAAAAAUCGAUCGACGACGGAAUAAGAAGAGAGAGAUAUAUAUAUGAGAGUCGGGGACCUGGUGGACGGACGUGCCGAGGGUAUUUUCGGGCGCUGACGAAGAAGGACGAAUGGAACGAGCAACGACGACCGCGGCGGAGUCGUCAAACUCGCGACGACCCGGUGCCAAUAACCUCCGUGUGAGCAGUCGGAGGUCGGUCGGUUAAGCCGCUUCCACGCACGGCGACGAUGCGUUCGCCCCCGUCGCGCGCGACAGAUCGUAAAAUUAGAAGACGUACGGAGGUUCGCGCGAGCGAAGCCGAGAAGAGGGACGACGUCGCGAGCGAGCGACGACGACGACGACGGAGGAGAAGAGCUCCGGAUGGUAGGCGCCGGCUGACGCGAAUAUUCCAAGUUCGCGGGAUCGUUCCCGCGGCUGCUGGAUCGUCGACGUGGCUGACCAAGGUUCCACAGUUCCUCUCUUCGCGGCUUCCUCACCCAGGCGAGGCUCGUGAGUCGCUGGCACAGCUGAUCGACCGAAGAGAUUCGUCGAUGCAACUUCUCUAGUCCGCUGUAUUUUAUCGUCUCUCUCUCUCUUUCUCUCCGGGGGAUAUAUAUCUAUAAUAAUUAGAGGAAUUGAUUUUCGUAUCCACAGCAGCGUAUAAUCGCAUCAUCCCGUCCGGAAGCUGGGCAUUUUCCGAAUACGAGACUGACCCGCGUCACGGUUCCUGUAGACGAAUUUAUAAUUUAUUCAAUUACGUGAUCGCAGGACGCAAGCCUGGCCUCGUGCGGUCUUUACGGAGCAGCAUGUCUCUCAUCCAGUCCGGAUCGUUGUCCUUUCCCAGGUCGUCCAUCGAGAUCGCGAGAAUCGUGACAGAGAGACGCUGAUUCUCGACCGUAUAUAUAUAUAUAUAUAUAUAUAUAUAUAUAUAUAUAUAUACGGAUCAUAUAUAUAUAUAUAUAUGAUCCCGAUGACGAGAGACAGACACGAGUGGACGCGAACAAAUGGGCACCAAUGAUUAGCUUGGUCCUCUCGGCGGCGGCAAGCAGGAUCGAGAUGCCCCUCUCCAAAUCGAAUCCGUUCGUGGCGGCGAGCGCGAUCUCGACGCAGCCGUACAUCUCGAGCAGCGAGAGUAGCAACCAUCUGCCGCCGAUCGUCAAGGGUACCGGGCUGAAGCAGCAGCAGACCGGAAGCGGAGGCGGCGGGGCUGGUAACAACGGCGGCGACGAGUCCGUACCCUACACGGGCUAUCAGAGACUACCCUGGAAGGGCGAGAGCUUCGGCCUGAAUAACUGGCCGGCGAGUCACAACUCGCACUCGCAGCCCAACAGCCAGUCGAGCAGUCCGGUGGUGAGAAACGGCCGUUCCGAUGGUAACUCCAAUAGCGGCGGUGGACGCGGCGGCGCCGGAGGCGGAAGCGAGGGCGGCGGCGGGGGCGGAAACGGCGGUGGCGGAAGCGGAAGUGGCGGCGGAAACGGCGGCGGCAACAGCAUCGUCAGCGUCAAACCCAAGACGGCGACCAUCACGCCGGAGAUGGUGAUGAAGCUGUACAUGAAUAAGCUGACGCCUUACGAGCACCACGAGAUCUUCAACUAUCAGCAGAUCUAUUUCAUCGGGGCGAACGCGAAGAAACGGCCGGGCGUGAUCGGCCGGCCUAACAACAACGAGUACGACAACGAGCAAGGCUCGUACAUCCACGUGCCGCACGACCACGUGGCGUAUCGGUACGAGGUGCUGCGCGUGAUCGGCAAGGGCUCGUUCGGCCAGGUGGUCAAGGCCUACGAUCACAAGACCCACGAGCACGUGGCCCUGAAGAUGGUGCGCAACGAGAAGCGCUUCCACCGUCAGGCGCACGAGGAGAUACGUAUAUUGCGCAAGCUGCGCGAGCAGGACAAAGACAACACCAUGAACAUCAUCCACAUGUUCGACUCGUUCACCUUCCGCUGCCACAUGUGCAUCACCUUCGAGCUGCUCAGCAUCAAUCUGUACGAGCUCAUCAAGAAGAACAACUUCAAGGGCUUCAGCCUGCAACUCGUCCGCAAGUUCUCGCACUCGCUUCUGCUGUGCCUGGACGCGCUCUAUAAGAACAAGAUUAUACAUUGUGACAUGAAGCCGGAGAACGUGUUGCUCAAACAGCAGGGACGCAGCGGCAUCAAGGUGAUAGACUUCGGUUCGAGUUGCUACGAAAAUCAACGGGUAUACACUUACAUCCAGAGUCGGUUUUACCGGGCGCCGGAAGUGAUACUAGGCGCAAGAUACGGCAUGCCGAUCGACAUGUGGAGUCUCGGUUGCAUCCUGGCGGAGCUCUUUACCGGUUACCCGCUGCUGCCGGGCGAGGACGAGGCGGAUCAGCUGGCGUGCAUCAUCGAGAUGCUGGGCAUGCCGCCGCAGCGGCUGCUACAGAACUCGAAACGGUCGCGCCAGUUCAUCAGCUCGAAGGGCUACCCGAAGUACUGCACCGCGACGGCGAUGCCGGACGGCACGACAGUGCUAAGCGGGGGUCUGUCGAGACGAGGGAAGCUACGUGGUCCGCCGGGCUCGCACGAUCUCGAGCGCGCCCUGAAGGGCUGCGAUGAUGUGUUGUUCCUGGACUUUUUAAGACGUUGUCUCGUGUGGGAGCCGGAAUACCGGAUGACGCCCAACAAAGCGCUUAGGCAUCCGUGGCUGCGCCGUCGACUGCCGAGGCCACCAGGCGAUAAGAACGAUACUUUACCGGCAGUUACGUCGGCGCAGCCCGCGACCACGGGCGGCUCCACCCUGAGGACGUCCGCGUCCGGCAGCAGGAGUUCUAGCAAAACUAACAGUUUGCAGAGUGGCAAUAACACCAACGACGACAUCACCGCGAGCAAAACGACAGGUCAGCAAAGAGGAGGAAAUCGUUUGGUCGAGGACGUAGUGUCUACUUACGCGGGUUAUCCGUCGUACGGAGCGUCUCAGUUGCACAGCAGUACCUGGGGCACGACGGGAGGACUCAGCAGCGGUCACCAGUCCCUCAAUUCCGUCGGUGGUGGUGGUGGCGGCGGCGGCGGUGGUGGCAGAAGUUCCUCCAGCAAGGCUAACAGUCUACAGAGCGGCAAUAAUACCAGCGACGAUGUUACCACGAGCAAAACGGCCGGCCAGCAGAGAGGGAAUCGCUUGGUGGAGGACGUGGUGUCGUCUUACACGGGUUACUCGUCCUACGGCGCCUCCCAAUUGCACGGUAAUACCUGGGGUACAACGGGCGGAGGACUGAACAGCGGUCAUCAGUCGCUCAACUCCGUAAGUAGUAGAAGCUCCAGCAAGACCAAUAGCCAAUUACAAGGUGGUAACAAUGCGGCGACCGGCGAUAUUCCCGCGAGCAAAACCGAGCGCCAGCAGCAGAGGGAUCGGACGAGCGAGUUGCCGGUAACGAUUUUCGACUCUUACCCACUCGGCUCUUACGGUUGCCUGUCCGAGUCGCAAUUGCACGGGAAUCACCGGGCGAACCAGAGCAGCAGUCAUCAGUCGCUCAAUUCCGUCGACGGCGCGACGACCGGCAAGUCCCAGCGCGCGCGUCAGACGCAUCAGACGCAACAACAACAGCACAAUAAUAACGGCACGUCGCAUGACAAUUACGGCUCGCACGGCUCCUCGAGCGGCUCCAGCCGCCUGGUAUUAUCGCUCCAUCCGGCGGUCCAGGAGAUUCUCGAGGAGCUGAGACGAUAGGCCGGGAUGCGAGACCACCCUUUCUUCUCUCUUCGACUCAUUCGCUCAUUUUCGUUCUCAAAGUGGCUGCUAACGAGUAUUGCGUAUCCAACGAUCGCGCGGUUUCCUCAUAGAUAGGAGAAAGAUAAAAAAAAAUACGUAAUGCAAGAACGAGGUCCCGGUUAACCGACGUCAAACUCGGCUGUGGUUCGCUGCCUGUCGUUCGGCUCUGAUAUUCGAUCCACAUCGCCUCCUUGACUUAACGUCGAGGAGGGUUUACUCGAGAUCGAGAGGAAGGGUGGCCGUCUCAUCAGCGAUCUCGGAUUCACCAGCUGUGAUUCACACGUUGCGUUUCUACAAUCGCCGGUGUGGCUAGUUGUAGGUGGGAUGUGAAAUAGUUAUAAUUUCACGCGAGAUUAAGAAAGAGAGAAAGAAAGAUCCGUUCCAAAUGAACGUGUGUUGUGCGACAAAAAAUAUAGAGUAAUAAAUGUUCUCUCAAAAACUCUCGUUGAACGUUUCGAAUUAUAGUCUGAAAUAUUAUUCCGAGAAGGAAUAAUCGUGAAAAUCUCAAUUGCACGGAAGAAAUAACGAUUAUUUGAAAAUAAACGAAAAGUUUUGUUUAAGUGGGAUAAUUAAGUCAAGACCAUUAUGAGCUUUUAAGUACGAAUUCUAUACUUGCAAUAUUUGAUUAUUUGUAAUCGUAAAUUUUCAAUAACGAAAUUAAUUCUGAUUUUUAUUCAAUUUUUUCUA